GAGGAGUGAGAGCCGCAAGGCCCCUGUACUUCUGGGGAGCAACUUCUAGGGGGCGCCCGACGCACAUCCCGGGGGCUUUGUAGGGGCGCCAGAGACUUGGGGGAGGAAAGCGAGCAGUGCCAGUGGGUGUUGGCGAGUCUGGGAGGAGCCGUACGUGGCCCUCCAGCACAGAAGGGCUUGGAGAGGGCGAUGGUGCCGAUUGUGCACAGGAAAGAAGCCUGGCCUUGACUGGUGUUCGGCCAGCUGGCACGGAGAGCAUGGACUGAGCCUGGCAGUGCCCCUGGGUGCCCGCGAAGUGCCCACCAGACAGUAGUGACCCCCGGGUGACGGGAAGAGCCUGGGGUUAUUGACAGUGCCAGCCGGGCACUAGGAAUGGGUGCCUGGGAGCGAUGACUUCAGUGUGCCCUCUUACCCCUUAAGGGCAGGAAGCAGCAAUGAAAAGGGUGUGCCAGUCCCUGGAGGUCCUCCCUUGGCCCAAAGGGCGUGUUAAUAACCACUGGGCCAAUCUAUUAUUGAGGGGCCAUCUGGGUUCUCCCCUUCCCUCUUAGCCUCCCAGCAUCACGGCUGGUUCAGCUGGCUGCAGGGAGUGUGGUGGCCCCACCUACUGCCUGAAAUUCACACUGAGGUCACCCUGGGACUGGGGGGAGGAAUGAGGGGUGGGGCACAGGGGGAGGGUGGUAAAAGUGGAAGUGGAAGGAGGAGAAUCAGCUGUUGAAGACCAAUCCUAGUGUUGCCUUAUUCCAAGCCCCUGCAAGAAGUGGCUGCCCAGAGACUUCAUCAAUGGCUACCAAGCGCAAGGCAGAUUCUGUUAGCUCUGGAGGACCCAAGAAGAAAGAGAAACCAGAGGCGGAGGACAACAUCCACUCAACUAUAGAGGCCCUUAAAGCUGCCCCCAAGGAGACACGGAAAGCUCGGGUGGACCCUGUGUGCCCACUCAGCAGCAACCCUGAUGUCCAGGUCUAUGAGGACUAUGACUGUACCCUGAACCAGACCAACAUAGGAAAUAACAACAACAAAUUCUACCUUAUUCAGCUGUUGGAUGAGAAUGGUCAAUACAGGUGCUGGAACCGCUGGGGUCGUGUGGGAGAGAAGGGCCAAUACAGCCAAAAACCCUUCACCUCCUUGGAUGAAGCUAAGCGAGACUUUGAGAAGAAGUUCUGGGAAAAAACCAAGAACCACUGGGCUAAUCGGGACAACUUCGUGCCCCAGAAAGGCAAGUAUACCCUCAUCGACCUGCAGGCAGAAGAUGGGGAGGAGGACCAGGAAGUCAUGGUCAAGGUGGACAGUGUGGAUGGAGUCCAAGCUGUUCAGCAGAAUGUCAAGCCUUGUACCCUAGAUUCAGCCACCCAGGAACUGGUGUCCCUCAUCUUCAGCCAUGACAUGUUCAAUGAUGCAAUGAAGACCAUGGACCUUGACAUUAAGAAGAUGCCCUUGGGGAAGCUGAGCAAGCAGCAGAUCGCCAAGGGUUUUGAGGCCCUAGAAGCCCUGGAGGACGCUCUGCAGAAGAACUCAAACGCAGAAGAGCUAGAGGAGCUGUCCUCCCACUUCUACACAAUCAUCCCCCAUAACUUUGGCAGGAAGAGGCCCCCACCCAUCAACUCCCAGGCAGUCCUGCAGGCCAAGAAGGACAUGUUGUUGGUCCUGGCUGACAUUGAGCUUGCCCAGGCCCUGAAGGCUGGACAGGAGGAAGAAGACAAGAAGACCAAGGUGGAAGAAGUGCCUCACCCACUGGACCGUGAUUAUGAGCUCCUGAAAUGCCAGCUGCAGCCACUAGCAGCUGACACUGAUGAAUACAAGCUGAUUGAAACCUACCAGAAGAACACUGGCCCACCUCAUAUCCGCAUUCUCCAUGUCUGGAAAAUCAAUCGAGAGGGGGAGGGAGAGCGGUUCCAGGCCCAUACCAUGCUAGAGAACCGGCGGUUGCUGUGGCAUGGAACCAAUGUAGCAGUGGUGGCUGCCAUCCUCAAGAGCGGCCUCCGCAUCAUGCCCCACUCUGGUGGCCGUGUGGGGCAGGGCAUCUACUUUGCUUCUGAGAAUAGCAAGUCUGCUUGUUAUGUGCGCUGCACCUCUCAAGGGAUUGGCCUCAUGUUUCUGAGUGAGGUGGUUCUGGGCCAAGAGCACCGCAUCACCAAGGAUGACUGUACCCUUCGGCAGCCACCGCCCGGGUAUCACAGCAUCAUUGCCCAGGGCCAGACGGAGCCUGACCCCAGCCAAGAUGCGGAGCUGGAACUGGAAGGACACAAGGUGAAGGUGCCCCAAAGCCCACCUGUGCCCAUGCCUGACUUCCAAGGGUCCAUGUUCUCCCAGAGCGAAUACCUGAUCUACAAGGAGAGCCAGUGCCGGCUCCGCUACCUGCUGCAGCUGCACUUCUGACCUUCCCAAAGCCUGGGAUCCUGGGCCUGUGGGGCCCUUCUGCCCUGGCCCCAGAGUAGUCCUGUCUCGCCCAGGGCCUGUGCACUGCUUGUAAAUAAACAGGAAAGAAUAAAGUCUCUCUGGCUGACUGCUGC